AUGGUUGAUGCUGCCAAUCGUGGAUGGCAUGAUUCUAAUGGUUUACUAAGCAAGCAAAUAGUAGAAAGCAAGAUACUUCCUGUUCUUAAUGCAAAACUUGGAUGCCAAAAAACUUAUCAUCAAUAUCAAAGCCGUCUGAAAUGGUUUAAGACAAGAUAUCAGAGUUUUACUCAGCUUAUGCGUCAUAGUUCUGGAUUUGGGUGGGACUCCAUCUCAAAGAAAUUCGCAGCUACUGAAGAAUCUCAUCCAAGUCAAGUGCAUCUUCAAAGAGAUACAUUUGCAGACUAUAAGGAUUUGGUAAUUGCAAUUGGCAAUGGAACAGUUGCUGGGAAAAACUCAAUUGGACUUGGUGAUGAUAUUAAUGCUAGAACGUAUGAAGUUGGAGAAAGUAGACCUACCAAAUUGCAGGAUUCCAAUGAGGCAUUUGUACCAAGUCAAAAUGAAACAUCAUACCAAUCUAUGUCAUCUAGUAAUUUUACUUCAUCACAUUUUCUGGACACAAAUUUGGAUGCUCCAUUAGAAAAUCUCCCUCAAAGAAAGAAACCUAAAAUUGAGUCUGAAGCAAAUAAUAAUUCAGUUGAGACCAUAACUCGAGCUGAACUGGUAGAAAAAGUUUAUGUGGGCAUGGAUUCAAUUGCUGCAAUUACCACUGAAAUUCGAGGAAUGCAUAGCCUAAUGGAGAAAAGAGAGAAAGAGAGAGAGAAAACCAACAAUGUUUGGGAUGCCAUCAAGGAGACUCCGAACUUGGAUAAUCAUACUCGUUACAAAGCACUUGGGCUGGUUCAUAAGUUGGGAAUGAAAAAUGCAUUCCUGAAAAUGUUACCUGAAGAGCGCUCAAAGUGGAUACUAUACAAUAUGGAAUGA